CUUCAGCGAUGGCGAUGGAUGAGAAAUGGGCGAAACCGGGCUGGAGGAUCGAGCAGAAGUACGGCGAUAAAGUCCUCAUCGGAAACUGGGCAGAGGAGAGGCUGCAGUUCACCCGAGAUUGCCGCACGUCCACCAGCACGCAUUGCGCAGAUUACCUUCCGCAGCGGGACCACAGGCCAGACGUGUUCGUGAGGAGAGAGGCACUGCGCAGAGCCGAGGGCCUGCCUACAAGACUUCUUCUGGACCACCACAACUUACCUCGCUCCCACUACCUGGUCUCUCACUACGAUGAGACCUACGGCCGACAGAGUGCCUCCGCCCUUUCGACCUGUCGAUCCUGGCACCGCGACAAGCUGGCCUGGGUACCAGAGCGGUCUGACCAUCCUGCUAAAGCUCCGCCCACGAACUUCGGCCUGGUGGAGUGGCAGCGGGCUCACUCUGGGAAGCAGGCUGAGGGCGGUGGUCACAUGCUCAGCGUGUACAUGUCGGCGUUCCCUAGGCACCCCGCCUCGGCCUUCUGCCCGCCCCACAGCGCCCGCACACCCCGCACGCUGUCCAGCCACCUGCACCCCGCCAACAACGUCAACAAGGACCUGGGGCUGAGACACAGCGCUCUGCUGCAGGUCCCGGACCGCCCCGCCCGCCCGCUCCCCCCCGUCUCAGCGCCGCCCAGCCAAACGCGCACCCGCUGCCCGUCUCUCUGCGCAGUCUGA